AUGAUUAGUGCUGAGAGAAUUAAUGAAUAUUCUCACAUUCCUCCAGAGCCAGAUCUCUAUAGAGAAGAGUUAGAACCACCAACUAAUUGGUCAGCUGAAGAAAAAAUUGAAUUUGAAACAUUUAAACUAAGUUACCGUCCAGAACUUGAACCUGUAUUAAAAGGAAUAAAUUUAAAAACUGAGACACAACAUAAAAUUGGUAUUAUUGGACGUACAGGUGCUGGAACAUCAUCGAUUUUUCAAGCAUUAUUUCGAUUAACCGAUAAAUCAACAAUAGAUGGUACAAUAUUAAUUGAUGGAGUUGAUAUUAGUAAAAUUAGUUUGAAUGCUUUGCGAUCAAAUAUAAAUAUUAUCCCACAAUUUCCUGUAUUAUUUAGUAAUACACUGCGUUAUAAUUUAGAUCCAUUCGAUCAUCAUACGAAUGAACAAUUAUGGGAUGCAUUAGAAGCUGUUCAAUGGAAGACAAAAAUUAAUACAUUAAAAGACAAAUUAAAUACAAAAAUAGCAGAAUAUGGAAGUAAUUUUAGUGUUGGUGAAUAUCAAUUAGUAUGUGCAGCAAGAGCAAUUUUCAAACAAAGUAAAAUUUUACUAAUCGAUGAAGCAACAGCACAUGUUGAUACAAAAACUGAUGAAUUAAUUCAAAAAAUUUUACGAGAAAAAUUUAAAAAUCAAACAAUUUUAAUAAUUGCACGUCGUCUCAAUACAACAAUGGAUAGUGAUAAAAUUGUUAUUAUGAAAGAUGGUAUUAUUGCAGAAUAUAGAACACCAAGAGAAUUACUUACAAGCCAAGAUCAACUACUCGCUGAUAUAAACGGUGAUAAUGACAAUGAAUUAGUUACAUAUCUAUAA